AUAAGUGAUUUAUUGAGGAAUAUCCGUGGAAAGAUAAGACGUCGCAUCCAGAAAAGUACCAAGCACUUGAAGAUGGACAAGUUAGAUAAUCAAGCAUAUAAAAAUUGGACGUACGCGGCUCUUGUCAAAUAGUGGCGCUUAUCGCAUUGCUCAGUCGUGUUAGACCAUUCAAUGAGAGGAUAUCAGUGGUCACAAUAGAGUUUGAGUUUAGACCUCGUGUUUGAUUAAAUCAACAUACUCUGAGGCGACUUUUACUUUGGCUUUAACGGUUUUCUGAACGAGCUUGGCUGCAAAUUUGUUUUUUGCCAACAAUGGGCAUAAUAAGACAAUGGAUCCUUUGGGCUGUUACUUUCAUCGGUCUUUGGGGAAGUACGCUGCAAAGCGACAGACAACCUGAUUGGUGGGAAACAACGCUCAUGUAUCAAAUAUAUCCUCGCUCCUUCAAAGAUUCCAACGGAGAUGGAAUUGGUGAUCUCAGAGGAAUUUAUGAAAAGUUGGACUACAUAAAAGACAUUGGAGUUGACACGGUUUGGAUUCAACCUUUUUACGAGUCACCUAUGGUCGAUAUGGGUUACGAUGUUUCUGACUUCGAGAAAAUUGACCCCAUGUUUGGCACGAUGGAGGACUACAAAGAAUUGGUCCGAGGAAUCCACGAUAGAGGAAUGAAAUUGGUAGUGGACUUCGUUCCGAAUCACAUGAGUGUUAAAAGUGACUGGUUCAGGUUGUCAGAAGAUGGCGUUGAACCCUACAAGGAUUUCUUCAUUUGGAACAGUGGGAAAACGUUAAAUGACACGCACACUACUUAUCCGAACAAUUGGCUCAGCGUUUUUGGGGGCAGUGCUUGGACGUGGAGUGAGAAAAGGAAACAAUAUUACUACAAACAGUUUGCACCACUGCAACCUGAUUUAAACUACCGCAGUCCCGUGGUCUACCAAAAAAUGAUGGAUGUUAUGAAGUUCUGGCUGGACACAGGGGUGGAUGGUUUCCGUAUCGACGCGAUUAAGCACGUGUAUGAGGCCUCUCAUUUGAAGGACGAGCCGGUGGUGGGUACGCCCUCAGGAACCGGAAAUGAUUUCGAAAUGCUCGACCACAUUUACACGAUGGAACAACCCGAAAACUAUGUAUUAACGCACGACUGGCGACUCAUGUUGGACGAGUACUCAAAGAAAGAUGGCAAAACUAGACUUUUAGCUACAGAGGAUUAUGACACUCCACAAAAACUGGUGAAAUACAUGGGAAAUUCUUCAUAUCCGAAUGUGCACCUUCCGUUUUUCUUUGGAUUCGUUCGAUGGGAUAUAAAUAAAAAUGCGAAGCAGCUGAAUAAGAUGAUUCAAGAAUGGACCCACACACUGCCAAAGGGAGCUCUACCUAACUGGGUGUUGGACAAUCAUGACAACCCACGAGUGAGUUCCCGAUUCACUCCGGAGAGUGUUGACGCGUGGAAUAUGAUGGCACUUUUACUGCCGGGCACGGCGUGCGUCUAUUACGGAUCUGAAAUCGGAAUGGAGGACAGUCCGGUUCGGGAUGACCAGAGGAAAGAUCCUAACAACGGGGGAAUGGGCAGGAGCGACUCCCGGGAUCCUGAAAGAGCCCCCAUGCUCUGGGAUGACACCAAAAAUGCUGGUUUCACGACAAACGACAAACCAUGGUUACCGGUGAAUCCCGGAUACUGGCGGAAAAACGUAAAAGUCCAGCAGCAAGAUCCCAACAGUCAUUUGAACAUUUUCAAGCGACUUUCAGCUUUGAGAAAGACUCCCAUAAUUAAAGAGGGCACUCUCAACUCUUAUGCACUCAGCGAAUGGACCUACAUGUUCACAAGAUCACACGAGAAAGAAACCAUUGCAGUAUUAGUGAACCUUGGAACAGAACCAGACCCAAUAUGUGCAAAACGACUGGAAUCAUCACUCCCUGAUACAAUGUUCGUCCACACGAGCAGUAUAAAUUCCGGCUUGAAAAUAGGGGACAAAGUGAGAAUUUCUGAGGCUGACCGACCGGGACAAGUCUGCACUGAGCUACGGCCGAGAGCAGGAGUGGUUUUGAGUACGAGUCACGGUGCUCUCCUGUCCUAUUCUCUAUACCUCAUUUUCCUGACGACAGCCUCAACUCUAUUAAGGUGGAAUUGCUAUUAGAGGGCUGACGGACAAGUCUGCACUGAGCUACGGCCGAGAGCAGGAGUGGUUUUGAGUACGAGUCACGGUGCUCUCCUGUCCUAUUCUCUAUACCUCAUUUUCCUGACGACAGCCUCGACUCUAUUAAGGUGGAAUUGCUAUUAGAGGUACCAUGUAUGUCUUCAUCAACUGAAUCUCGACUAUUCCAAGGAAUACAAGGCAAUGGACCACUGCACGAGGUAAACGAACUUAAGCAUUCUCAUACGUGUUCCUUGACCAGAAUUUAACGUAAAACACGAUUCUUGCAUAGAAAAUUACUGAAAUCAACUCCUAACUAAGAUAAUAACGGUUUGAUUUUACAUUGGUUACGGAAAAUUUGAAUUACCCGCGCGGUCACAAGAAACAUAAUACGUUACGCGUGAGUCUAAUAGCGCACUACAGCGGUUUCAGCAGGCUUCACAGUCUAACAUUGUUCAUUUCCCACCCUUUAUUGUUGAAAGUGUAAACUAUUUACUAUAUAUAUAGCUGAGCCAAAAGCGUCAAGAUUGAGAUUGCCAUAUUUUUGUAGACUGCCACGGUAACGUUUUGUUUGUGAUAUCACGUACGUAGACCAUUGUUUUCUUGAGCGAGAGGUUUAAAUUCACUCGUCAAAAAACAUUAAAUUCCUUGGCUAGAAGUCAAUUUCAGUAAUUUUCGUUGCACGAAUCGUGUUUCACGUUAAAUUUUGGUUAAGAGACAUGUAUCAGAAUGCUUAACUUCGCACCUUGUCUAAUGGUCCAUUCUUAGGAAUAAUAUGUAUCUGAGAAGUGCGUAAGAUAGUACUCGGUAAGCUGUUUUAUAGAGAAGUUUCAGUUUUGUUUUUCUUCCUCGUUGGCCCGAUAUUGAAAAGAAAAACAAAUAAAAAGAGAAAGAUGGAACAAGGCAGGGAAAAUCAAUUCAUGGCACCUGGUGUAAAAUUCUUAGCAUUUAUGAGUGCCAGCUUUGAAUGUCCAAGUUAAAGCACUCGAAUCCUCUGUUUUUAAUGAUCACCAGUUUUCAAUAAGAUUUUGUAUGGAUUCAUAAUUUGACGCACAUGAUGUUUUAUUAAUUGUUUUCCUUUCUUUUGAAAGAAGAUUUUUGAGAGCGUGCGCAACACAGGAUUUUAAGCGUUAGCUCGCUAAAUGUAUACAAGAUUAACAGAUAAGUGAACGAAUUCUUUUCGGCAGGAACUAAGAUUCUUUCUAGCACAGUUGAGAGGGUUGAGUCUGUGUGCUUUUAAAUGAAAGCAAAAAUAAGAACGGAUAAGUAAGGGAGCUAAUUAUACAUAAACAAUGAGCAGAAAAAACAAGGGAAAAAUAAUGAGAUUCUUUCCUUAGAAAAUGAUAGACUGAAGUGAGUUUACUUCUGAAUUCGGACAAAAGAUCCGCACGAGACAAUAUAAAAGAGGAAAAUAUAACCGGUUGUUCCUUAUAGUUAGUGGAAAAAGCAUUGAGAGCCAUAUCUGAAUUUUUGACUCCUGAUUUUGUAAAUACUGUUUUAGCAAUUAAGUUUUGCAAGGAUAAUUUAUUUUUGAAUGCAUAUGUGAUAGAUUCAAGAUGAUUUUAACCUCGCUGCUAGCGAUGAAAGUUGCCAAAAAUUAUUUUGAAAUAUGUAGCAAGAUUGUAAACUGUCAUGAAAAUGAAAAAUAAACAUCUCAUAACUUGAAA